AAAAAAAACAUUUUAUAAACAAACAAAAAAAAAAAAAAAAACGAAAAAAAAAUUAUAUUAUUUACCCGUUCCCUUCUUAUUUAUUCAUUUCUUUCCCCUUACCUGUUUAAUGACAGUGUCGAAAAUAUCAUUUUUAGACGAUUAAAAAAAAAAUCUUUCAUUAUUAUUACAACUAUAAACAAUAUAUUACAACCAUUUUUCCUAUAUUGUAUUUAUUUUUUAACAUUUUGAAAUAAAAAAAAAAAAUAUACUCGUAAUUUUUUCACGAAAUAUAUAUAAUAUCUUUUGUAAUGUUUAAAAAAAAACCGAAAAAGUCCGAGGAGCAAAAAAAUCAAUCAACAAAACAAUCAGGAAAUAGUAAUGACUCAUCAAAUAAACAAUUGGCAGUUUUACACAGAAAAACUGCUAAUACUGCAAUUAAUUAUCUUAUAAAUAAAGCUCCUAAAAAUUUGAUACCAGUAGUUGUCGAAACGGCAAAGUCAAUAACACCUAAAAUAAUGCGUGGUAAAAAAAAUCAUGAAAUCACUAUUAGUACUCCUUCUCCUGCUCCUCAAUCUCCUACUUAUAUAACUAGUCCAACUUUAAAACCACCUUCUACAAAAAGUUCUAAAUCUUUAAAUGAGAUAGAUAUAGGAGGUGGUGGAAAUCGUGUUAGUGAUCAUCAAAGACGUCCUUCUGAACCAACACCUAUAAGAAGUAAUUUUCCACCAGGAAUAUUUACUUAUAGAAAUGGAGUACCUGCUAUUAAUGUUCAUAAUGUUGAUGAUGGUAUGAUAUCUCCUAUUGAUCGUUCUUCUACUUCAAUAUCAAAUGUUCCUGUAAUUAAAGAAGGUUAUUUAAAAAAGAUUGAUUUUGAUUCAAAACCUUUUUUAACUUCGAGAGGUUGGAAAGUUUAUAAGGUUAAUUUAAGGGCUUCAAAAUUAUUUUGUUAUAAACCUCCUUCUGAAGCAGUUUUGAAAACUUUUUUUCCUAGUAAUAAUAAUGAUUCAUCAAUAGGUAAUGAUGUUCAUUCAACUUCUUUCUCCCCUGUUAUAGCUAAUGAUCGUGGAAUGAAUCUUAAUCCUUCUAAUUUUGAUUCAAAUGCUGCUAAAUUUAUUUUUGAAAGUAAUCUUAUAAAAAAAUAUUAUUAUGGUGAAAAGGGUUAUGAAGUGGAUCGUUCAGUUUUAAUGAGAUUUAAAAAAUUAGUUUGUUUACUUAUAUUUGAGGACAAUGUAAUUAUUUGUAAACGUAAAUUUAUUAGAUAUACUACUAAUUUAAGAUUAAUGGGUGCUAUUGGUUUAGGUGGUGGUAAUCAUUCUUCUACAAAUGUUCCUAAUUCAAAUAAUAAUGAUAUUGAAUUUGGUGGUCAAGAUAUUGAUUCAAAAAGUAUUAGUAGUACUCGUGGUAUUACUGAUAAUGAUGGUACAAAUACAAAUAAUAAUAAUAAGGGUAAAGGUUAUUUUACUAAAUGGAAACUUGAUGCUUAUUAUCCAAUUCAUAGUAUUGAAGUUAUUGAUCCAAAUUUUCAAGCUACUUAUUCUCCUUAUAUUGUACCUAAUUCUUCUUCUCAUCAUCAACAAUUUACUACAAAUAGAAUUAAUGAUGUUGAAACUUCUUCCCUUCAUUCUACUUCUUCUUCAAUUUCUGUUGCUGCAAAUACUCCAUCUUCUUCAAGUGCUAUUUUAUAUUUAAAUAUAACUGAUGGUCAAGAUAAAGAUAGUUAUCGUGUUUUCGUUGUACCAAAUAAUGAAAUUAGAUCUUUAUGGGAGGCAAAAUUAUUUGAUGCAAAAAAGAAAAGUUUAAGAAAAAUUAUGAUACAAGAAGGUGGUUCAGAUAUGGAUAAUAUACCUGUUGGAUCACAUGAUCAUACCUCUUCUGAUAAACCGGAUUCGAGAAAACUUGUAAGAGCUUAUUGGGGAACUACUAAACAUCCUGAAUUAAUUAUAAAAGAUAUCAACUCUCAACAAAAUCUUGAUCAUGAUAAUGUAUCAGCAACUACUUCUCCUGUGUCACCAUCAUCUCCUAUAAUUGAUUCUUCAUCUUUAUCACAAAGGUUUAUUCGUGGAGGUUUAAUUGAUUCAUUAAUUCAUGAACUUAUAUUUGAAACUCAAAAGGGUCCAAAUGAUAAUAAUGAUGAAUUUCUUCUUACUUUCCUUUUAACUUAUUCUCUUUUUACUGAACCAAAUCAUAUAUUUCGUGAAUUACGUCGUUGUGGUAAUAUUAGUGAUAAUGAUGAAUUAAAGAAAUCAAAAUUUAUUAGCAAAAGAUUAUGUACUAUUUUAUCCACAUGGUGUAAAAAUUAUGGUAAUGAUUUAUCACGUGAUGAUGUAUAUAAUGGAAUGAUGGAAAUUUUGGAAGAAGUUUUGAUUAAAGAAGAUAUCAUUGAAGUUGAAGAAUUAAAAAGUUUGAUACAGGAAACUCGUGAAAAUGUUCAAAAAAAUUUUAUUAAAGAUGAUAAUAUGGAAGAUCAAUUAAAAUCUCUUAAAGGUCCUCCAGCUCCACUUUCUUUAGAUCUUUCUAAUUUACUUGUUACAGGUUUAACUCCUGCUUUAUUCUUAAAGAUGAUACCAAAAGAAUUGGCUCAACAACUUUAUAUAUAUCAUUUUUUGGAAUUUAAAAAGAUGAACUUGGGACAAAAUUUAAAAAGUUUUAUACCAUCAAAAAAUCGUUCAGAAUCAAUUACAUGUCCAUUAAAUGCUACUCCUGCAUCACCUCAUUUUAUAACAAGAUUAAUAUAUCAUCAUAUAUUAACUUUAACUCAACAAUCAGCUUAUACUAGUCGUCGACCUUUAUUAUUAAUUCAUUGGAUAGAGACUGGUAUAGCAUGUAAAUCAUUAGGUGAUAUGACUGGAUGGUUAGCAGUUGCUUUAGCUAUUUGUUCACCUGCCAUAGUACGUUUAAAGGAUGCAUGGAGACGAGUUAAUAAACAUUGGAUCGAUGUUGUUAUUAAUGAUUGGGUACCACUUUUAAUUACAUGUGGAGGUAUUGAUGGUGAAAUUGAUAUUGAAAAUGUUAAAUCUUUACUUCUUGUUGUACAAGAUAAAAAAGAAAAGAACAUGACAAAACCUAUUCCAUAUUUUGGUUUCAUCACUCUUACUAUGGAACGAUUAAAUUCAAAUAUUCCAUCUGUAAUUGAUCGUUCUGUUAAUGAUAAACGUCCCGGUUCAAGGAAUAAUAGUAUUUCAGGAGGUGUUGUAAAUUUUGAAAAAUAUUGGAAGAUGUAUGAUACUCUUAUUGAAUCUCUUGAUCAAUGUCAACAACUUAUAAAUUUUAAUGAACUCUGUGAAGAUAUUUGCCCUUUUUCACCUUCUUCUCCUUUACAAAAAUUUUUCCAUCAAUUUAAUUCUGUUCCCGCUUCAUCAGCUCUUGAUACUUGGCAAUUAUUUGAAUCUUCUUUAAUUUGUGAACCACGUCUUCAUGGUCAAUAUUUGGAACAUCAUGCUCUUCAACGAAAACCUUAUUCUGCAUAUGUCCCUUUAGUAUUUACAGAAGUUAUACCAACAAAUCGUUUAUUUGAAAAAAAUGCUUUCUUAAGUGCAAGUGGAGCUUUAGGUAAGAGGGCAUCUAAUUCUUCAUUAAAUAUUGGGGAUAAUAAUCCUACAAUAUCAUCUUCUGGACGUCCCACACCUACACCUCUUAAUUUAGAAUCACUUCCAGCUUCAAGUUCUAAGAAUAAACCUAAUUCUCCAAGUCACCUUUCAGUACAACGUGGUGUUAGAAAGAGAACUUUAUCUUUUCCACCAGCUAAAAUAGGUCCUUUGACAUCUACUACAUGGAAUACUGGGUUGGAUCUUGUUACAAGAAAUUGGUUAGGUGGGCUUGUUCAAAAUCGUGGAGGUUAUGCCUUUUUAUUAAAAUGUAUGAAAGAUAUCGCUGGUGUUGGUGAAAUGUUAAUGUUUGUAAAAGAUGGUGAAUUAGUCUUCAAAUCUGUUAGAGAUGCUACUGGAUCUCGUCCUGCAAGUCUUGUUGAAAAUUCUUCUGGAACAAGUUCCAAACGUAAUUCGAUUCAUGGUCUUGUUGCUCUUACACAACAACAAAAUUCACCACGUACGAGUAUUUAUAAUAUUGAUCAUCAUGAUGCUUUAAUGGUUGUUGUUAAAGCUGGAACUUUGGAACGUUUAGUUGAUGUUUUAGUUAAUGGUGUCGCUUCUUAUAGCACAAGUGUUGUUGAUGACAACGGUGAACCACCUUUAACUGUUGGAAAACAGGGACAACUCGGAAUUAAUUCUGAAGAAUAUUUAGCAACUUUUUUUAGUACAUACCGUAGUUUUUGUAGUCCCAUUUUACUUCUUGAUAUUUUACGAAAACGUUUCAUUAGUGCAAAGAAAGAUGUUGAAUCUCAAAAAGAUUGUGAUACAAAUUAUGCGAUUGGUACAAUUCAAAAAAAGGUUUUAAAAGUAUUUCAUUAUUGGAUUUCACAAUUCUUUUAUGAUUUCUUGGAUGAUUUGACUUUAAAAAAUCGAUUAAUGCAUUUUGUUGAGGAAGCCAAAAUUGAAGUGGAAAGUUGGUCUAAAAUUGUUAAGGAAGAAUCUCUAAUAAUAUUGGUUAAAGAAGUUAAAGAUUCUUUAAAUUCUUUAAAACAUUCAGCUUCAGAAAAGAGUCUUAAACCAGCUCACGAUUUUCAAAAUGAAAAGAUGGCUAGUCUUGUUGAUAAAGUUUUAAAUGAUUCAUAUCAAUUAUCAUCAUCAGACAAUGAUAAUAAACAAAUCAUAGAUAAUGAUAAUAUAGCUAUUCAUUCAAUAGAUAAUAAUGAAGCUUGUGACCUUUUGGAUAAUAUUGAUUUAAUGGUUCUUAAAUUGUUUGAGGCGGUGACACCACAAGAUUGGAUUUUGGCUUAUGAGAUUCUUGAAACUCAGUCUUCCGAUAUCCUUGGAUGGUAUCCGAAAAAACAUUCUUCAAAUUCAGAUGAUGAAAUUUUUAUUACUGACAUAUUUAUAACUUUACAACGUACGGAACGAAUUAGCAAUUCUAAAGAAAAUGUUCUCUGUUCACUCCCUCGAUCAAUCAAAGCCUUGUGUCGCAUGCAUAACAUUAUACGUAACUGGAUAAUUCAAGAAAUUACAUCACCAUCUAUUGAAUGUGAUAAACGAGUGAAUCGAAUAAAUAAAUUGGUUGAUAUGAUAUUGUUAAGUAGAAGGAGAAUGGCUAAAUUAGAUAUUUAUCCAAAAGAUGAAUCCCCUAAAGAUUCUGAAUCUAAAAGAGGAGUACCAUCUUUUAUUGAGAGUUCAAUUGUUAGUGGUUUAAUUAGUCCAGAAAGUAGAUAUUUCACAAGAGCUUGGAAUGAUGUAGCACAAAGUCGAAGUAGUGGUUUGGAUUCCCUUGAUAGUUUACUUCAUAAUGAAUUAUCUAAACCUAUCGAAGAUUUACACCCUAAUUUCGCUUUAGUACCAUGUGUUGGAUGGUUAUUUGAAAGAAUGUUGGAAAUAUGUUGUAAUGUUCCUGAUAUGUCUUUUGAAUCAGAAAAAUUAAUUAAUUACGAUAAACGUCGUUACGUAUAUAAUCUUACACAAAUAUUUGUUCGAUUGCAACAUGAAUUAACGGAACUUUCUCAAGGAAUGAACCCUCCUGUUGAUGUUCAACAUUUAAUGAAUGCAAGUUCACAUGAUAGUAAUUCCAAAUCAGACCUACGUUAUAUUAAAGAUAUUGCUAUUAAGGAAAAUAGCGCAAUUCGUAUCGCGAGUGCACAGUCAAAAUUUAAAUAUCAAAAACCUUUUAAUAAACUUGUCGCUGAGCAACAAGAAAAGGUAAAACGCGAUCAGAAAGAAAGAGAUCGUUUAACUAAAGAGAUGCAUAAGAAACAUCAGAGACCGCGUAAUAAAUCUAGGGUCGAAAGUUUUAUCAAACAAGUAGCAAGACCUUUGUCUAUUUUUGGGGGUCCUUGGCAAUCACACAAUUCUGGAAACUUUACGAAUAUUAAGUAUUCAUCUGGACAAUCUCAUUACACAUCUUCCAAACCAGCACUAGUUAUUAAUUUAAUUAAUUCCGUCACGUGUGAGGCAUCAGAUUUUGGUUUAUCACUCGAUUUUGUUUUUCGAAUUGUGACCGAAGAAGGAGGUCGAUAUAUGUUUCAAGCUCUUGAUAAUGAUAAUAUGAACGACUGGAUACGAGUUAUUAACGAAGCAGCCAAAGAAGGGGCACAGAAACGUAGUACUAUAUUGGAUAAAGAAUUUAACAUCUUACCUAAAGAAGAGGAAGUUCCUGAUGAACCUAAAAUACGAAAUUCUGUAUACGGUAAAGACUUAAGUACAUUGAUGCCUGAUGGAAAGAUUCCAGUUUUUGUUGAAAAAUGCAUAAUUGAGAUUGAAAAUAGAGGUCUUAGAGAAGUUGGUAUUUAUCGUGUUCCCGGGGCCGAUAAAGCUGUUAAUAGACUCAUAACAGCUUUUAAUAAAAACGCUGAUGCUGUCGAUUUGAGUAGUGAGGAAUACAGAGAUAUUAAUAUUGUAGCAGGUGCUCUAAAGCGUUUCUUCCGUGAUCUUCCAGAACCUUUAAUGACAUUUGAACUAUAUGAUGAAUUCAUUGAAGCAAAUGAUCUUCAAGAUCAAGAUGAUAAGCUCUAUGCUAUUAAAGACCUUUUGUAUAGACUCCCAAAACCAAAUUUUGAAUUAUUAAAAAGAUUAAUCGAACAUCUAGAAAGAGUUACAGAUUAUGAAGAAACCAAUCAUAUGUACGCUAGAAACUUGGCUAUUGUGUUUGGACCCAAUUUACUUAAAUCAAGAGAUUUUGUAAAAUCCAUGAGUAAUAUAGGUCAUCAUAGUAGUAUCAUCAAGAGUUUAAUUCUUCAAUAUCAUUGGUUCUUUAAUAUUGAAGAAGAGAAUGAAGACGCCUCUGAGAUUGAAUAUCACGAUGAUCUUUUAGAUCCAGAUAUUGAAACUAGUGAACCUGAUGGAGAGAAUGAAGAUCGCCAAACUCAAGAAAACACUAUAGUAACGGAUGAUGAUGCUUCAUUUGAAGCUUCUUCAGAUAUAAUCGUUUCAGAAAAUGAACCAAUACAUGAACCUAAUUAUGAUGAUUUAAAUAAUUUAGCUAACGAAUUUGAAAGACUUUCAUGGGAGGGAUCAGAUAGAGAUAUUAAAGAAGGAAGUGAAAAUUUACAAAAAAAUUUACAAGAUUCUCUAGAAUCAUCAUUAUCAUUAUCUAAACAUUCAAUAGUUUUAGAACAACACAAAUAUAUUGAUAUCGAAGAUAUUGGUAACAGAGAUUCAACAUUAACAGAUGUAACAGAGGAUCCGGAAGGUGAAUUAGAACUAUCAUUACAAGAAUCAGAAAAUAAAAUACACAAGUAUUCAGAUAACAUUUUCGAAGAAAAUAAUUGUGAAUCUGUUUUAACGAAUGUUAGUGAAGUAUCAGAAAAUGCAUCUAUAAUGGAAUCCGUGAAAACUGAAGAAUUGAAUAUUACUGAAGUAUCAGAAAAUGCAAAUAUAGUAGAAUCUUCGAAAAACGAAGAACAUGUUACCGUAGUAUCUGAGAAUGCAUCUAUAGUACCUGUGAAAAAUGAAAAACAGAACGUUACCGAAAUAUCGGAAAAUGUGGAAUCCGUAAAAAAUGAAGAGAAUGUUAUUGUAGUAUCAGAGAAUACAUCUACAGUAGAACCUGUGAAAAACGAACAGAACGUUACCGAAAUUUCGGAAAAUACAUCUAUAGUGGAAUCUGUAAAAAAUGAAGAGAAUGUUAUUGUAGUAUCAGAGAAUACAUCUACAGUAGAACCUGUGAAAAACGAAGAACAGAACGUUACCGAAAUUUCGGAAAAUGCAUCUAUAGUGGAAUCUAUAAAAAAUGAAGAGAAUGUUAUUGUAGUAUCAGAGAAUACACCUACAGUAGAACCUGUGAAUAACGAAGAACAAAACGUUACCGAAAUAUCGGAAAAUGCAUCAAUAAUGGAAUCUAUAAUUAAUGAAGAGAAUGUUAUUGUAGUAUCAGAGAAUACACCUACAGUAGAACCUGUGAAAAACGAAGAACAGAACGUUACCAAAAUUUCGGAAAAUGCAUUUAUAGUGGAAUCUGUAAAAAAUGAAGAGAAUGUUGUUGUAGUAUCAGACGAAGAACAGAACGUUACUGAAAUUUCGGAAAAUGCAUCUAUAGUGGAGUCUGUAAAAAAUGAAGAGAAUGUUAUUGUAGUAUCAGAGAAUGCACCUACAGUUGAACCUAUGAAAAACGAAGAACAGAACGUUACUGAAAUUUCGGAAAAUGCAUCUAUAGUUGAGUCUGUAAAAAAUGAAGAGAAUGUUAUUGAAGUAUCAGAGAAUACAUCUACAGUAGAACCUGUGAAAAACGAACAAAAUGUUACUGAAAUAUCGGAAAAUACAUCUAUAAUAGGAUCUCUGAAAAAUGAACAGGAUGUUGCCGAAGUACUGGAAAAUGCAGAAUUUGUGAAAAGUAAAGAUCAAACAGAACAAGUUAAUGAAACACUGCGAAACUUGAAUGAUACGAAUACUGUUGUUCCUAUGCCAGCAAUAAAACUAAAUGAAAGAUUCCUAGAUAAAUCUAGAUAUUCGGUGAAUCUUAUAGAUUUUGAUUCAGACUUUGAAACAUUACCACAACAGAUUAAUAUGUUUAAUACAGUUAAUGAACAUUUAAUUGACAGAAUAGAUAAUUACAUUGAAUAUAAGUCAACAUUGGACAAACCGUUACAACCAGGAAAAGUUGUUCGUCGACAAGAAAGUGCAUCAAAUGAUAAUAUAACAACAAAAAAAGAUUUCACUGUAGAACAACACGAUAACUUAUUCAUAAAUAAUGAAUUGAACCCAAAACGAAAUUCCAUAAGUUCACUUCAAUUUGUUUUAACUGAUGAUAUGGACGAAUUAAACUCGCAAAGGAAAAGUGUGGUAUAUGAACAGGAACUAAUACAAGAUGAUUUUAGUGUAUUUGUUCAACAAGAAAAGGAAGAAACACGUACUACUCAACGAUCUUCCAUUGAAAACGCUGUAAAUGGUAAAUUUAGUUCGAAAGAUGAAAUUGGGAAAUAAUGAAUCAAAAUAAAUCGUAUGCAGCACAUUUGAGUUUUAUGUAUUUUUUUAAUAAGUAUUAUGGGUAGUAUAAAUUUAACACAUAAAAGAUUGGUUUUUUUAUUUAUUUAUUUCAUUUCAUUU